UUAAUAGGUACAUAAUUACUCUAGUCUACACCUACCUAUUGUUGAAGAAAUGUCUCAAGUGGAGUUUAGAGUUAACGGCAAAGUAUGCAAAGUAAACAACAGCAUAGACCGCAAUACCACGCUAAAUGCGUACAUUCGCAAUGUGCUGUUUCUGUCUGGCUCCAAGUCUAUGUGUUUGGAGGGCGCCUGCGGCGCAUGCGUGGUGGCGGUGCGUGCGCGCAGAAGUCUCAGCGGCCUUAUCGAGACCUUCGCUGUUAAUUCGUGUCUGGUCUUAGUGUUUUCCUGCAAUGGCUGGGAGAUCACCACUAUCGAAGGUCUUGGGAACCGGUUGGAGGGUUACAGCGAGCUUCAGCAGAGAAUAGCCAAGUUUAACGGCACCCAAUGUGGAUACUGCACCCCCGGAUUUCUGAUGUCAUUGCAUAGUCUCCUAGACAAACAUCCUGGCAUGACAAUGGCAGAACUGGAAACAUCAUUUGGAAGCAACACUUGCCGUUGUACCGGCUACCGACCGAUCUUAGACACCAUCAAAUCUUUCGCAAUAGAUGCUAGUCACACAUUAUGUCAACGAGUACAAGAUAUAGAAGAUCUGAAGAUUUGUAGCAAGACCAAGUCAGUAUGCAAAAGGAAAUGUUCAAUAAGUGAAGGCAGUGAUUGGAGUAUCCUCAGUGAUGGUGAAAAUGUGGCUAAUGUCCAUAAAUUUGGCGCCACACAAGUAUUUGUUAACGUCUACACAGUAGAACAAAUUUUUGACACGCUCAGGAAAUACGGAACUGAUUCUUAUAUGCUGGUAGAUGGAAAUACUGGUAAAGGAAUACAGGAAAACUUUGAAUAUCGUCAAGUACUUAUAGAUAUCAGUGACGUAGAUACUUUGAAACAGUAUCACUUUGAUCAAAAUCUGGUGCUUGGUGCCAACAUAUCUUUGGAGGAUUGCAUUAAAAUAUUCAGGGACACUGCCGAAUCCAGGAUCUACGAAUUCGCUUACCUUGCAGAGAUGGCUAAACAUUUUGAAAUGAUUGCAAAUAUACCAGUGAGGAAUAUUGGUUCGCUAGCUGGAAACCUUAUGGUUAAACAUGAAAUACCAUCGUUCCAAUCCGAUGUCUUUGUAUUGUUUUCGGCCGUCGACGCAAUGAUUACAAUUCGUACAAUAAAUGGACAACAAAUGCUACUAACAAUGAAAAAUUUUCUUAAAUUCAACAUGACAGGAGUACUCAUAGUAAACAUAUUGUUACCGCCUCUCAACAAAUCUUACGUUUUUAGGAGUUAUAAGAUCAUGCCACGAAAUCAAAACGCCACGGCAAGUGUGAAUGCUGCUUUCCUAUUAAAAAUUAAUGAUUUAACCAAAAUUAUUGAAGAUGCCAAUAUAAUCUACGGUAAUAUAAGACCAGACUUUAUCAACGCAACACAAACUGAAAACUUUCUUAAAGGGAGAAACAUUUUCGAUAACAAAAACUUACAGACUAUUAUUAAGGUUUUAAAUGCUGAAAUUAUUCCUGAUACCAAACCACUUAAACCUACACCUGAAUGCAGAAAGAAAUUGGCUAUUGGACUAUUUUAUAAGUUUAUCCUGAGCAUCAGCCCUCCAGGCCUCGCUGACCCGCGCUAUCGUUCCGGAGGCACCACACUCACUCGCCCUCUCUCUCACGGCACUCAAGACUUCCAAACCGACCCUUCUUUAUAUCCUCUCAACGAGCCUCUGUUAAAGAAUGAGGCCUUAAUUCAAAGUUCUGGUGAAGUAAUGUAUACUAAUGAUAUGCCUCCGAUACCCAAUGAGGUUUUUGGUGCGUUUGUCUUGUCUACUAUACAUGCUGGAGAGUUAGAUCAAGUUGAUACUGUUAGCGUAUUGGAAAUUCCUGGUGUUGUUACUGUUUUGACUGCCAAAGACAUACCGGGCAAAAAUUCAUAUAUUGUAAAGGGUAUCACUAUUCUUUUGGUUGAAGAAGAAGAAAUGCUAGUUUCUACGAAUGUUAAAUAUUAUGGUCAACCUGUAGCUAUUGUAGUAGCAGAAACUCAACAACUAGCUGAAAACGUUGCUAAAAAAGUCAAAGUUAGUUACAAAAAUAUUAGUGCCAAAUUACCUGUUUUAACUAUUGACGAAGCGAAGAAAGAUAGCACACGAAUAAAACCUCAUUCAGCUAAAAUUGAACCAAAAAGUAAAGGGACUAAUGUUCAAACAGUGAUUAACGGAGUAUAUGAAGUAGAAGGACAAUAUCAUUACUAUUUGGAACCUAUUACGUCGGUAGUGAUCCCUGUAGAUGAAGGCUUGGAAGUGCAUGACGCGACACAGUGGAUGGAUGUAACCCAGGCAGGAAUCGCUCAAUGUUUAGGUAUAAAAGAAAGCGAUGUGGUAGUAAAAGUUCGUCGAUUGGGCGGUGGUUUUGGAGGCAAACUGACGCCCAGUACCCUAGCUGUGACAGCCUGUGCCCUGGUGGCUAAGACAUUAGACCGCCCAUGCCGGUUCAUCUUGCCUAUGAAAACCAACAUGGCCAUAGGCGGCAAGAGAUUACCUGGCCAAUAUGAGUAUGAGGUGGGUGUAGAUGAUGUUGGAAAAAUACAAUAUUUAAAUGCCAGCAUGGUGGAAGACAAAGGCGCCACACAAAAUGACAACACAUUGGACUACACUAUUAACGGAUUCAAGAAUUGUUACAAUUAUGACUGUUUCAGCGUGAAAACUGCAACCAUCAAAACUGAUUUACCUACAAACACGUUUAUGAGAGCACCAGGUAACGCCCAAGGAAUUGCUAGCAUAGAAUACAUUAUGGAGCACAUAGCUCACACCUUGAAAAAAGAUGUAGACGACGUACGUAUGAUAAAUUUAAGAUCAGAAAGUAAAGAUAUCCAAAUACUUCUAGAACAAGUGAAAAAGGAAGCCAAUUAUCAGAAACGGUCUCAAGACAUUGAACUGUUUAACAAAUCCAACCGUUGGACGAAGAAAGCUAUACAGACAUGUGUUAUGGACUUCUUACUCUCCUAUGAAGGAAUUUUCUCUGCAAUGAUAUCCAUCUACAAAAUCGAUGGUACUAUUACAGUUACUACUGGAGGUAUUGAAAUGGGGCAAGGAAUAAACACUAAAGCAAAACAAGUGUGCGCAUAUGAACUAGGUGUCCCUGUGGACACUGUAACUGUGAUAUCGAACUACUCAUUUGCUGCAACUAACAAUGCUCUUACAGCUAGAAGUGUCACUAGCGAAAGCGUAUGCUUUGCUAUUAUCAAAGCAUGUGCUAUUUUAAAGGAAAGACUGCAACCUAUGAAAGAAAAGAUGCCACUAGCACCAUGGAAGGAGCUUGUUUCUGCUGCCAGCAAUGAAGGAAUAGACCUAGUAGCACAUUACACAAUGAGCUCUAAAGAUCCAGAUUUAAGCAGUUACAAUGCAUACGGUGUAGCUAUAAUAGAAGUGCAACUGGAUGUUUUGACUGGAAGAUUUCAAAUUCUAAGGACAGAUAUUAUAGAGGAUGUUGGAUUAAGUUUGAAUCCUUUGAUUGAUAUUGGGCAGGUGGAAGGCGCAUUCGUUCAAGGUUUAGGCUACUACACAUCGGAGAAGCUGAUAUAUGACAAGUAUACAGGAAAAUUGCUGACAAACCGAUCCCUUCACUACCAUGUACCGUCCAGUUUGGAUAUUCCUGCUGAUUUCAGGGUCAAACUGCGAUAUAACUCUAGAAACCCAAAAGGAGUGUUAGGAUCGAAAGCUGUGGGAGAAAUGGGAGUAUGCCUCUCAUACGGCAUUACGCAUGCGUUAAGAAAGUGUAUUUAUGCGUCGAGGAAGGAUUCUGGGUAUGACACCACAGAAUGGAUCAAUAUAGAUGUUCCCUACACGACUGAUUCCAUUUUGAAAGCUUUAGAAGUAAGAAUUGAAGAGAUGGUAUUCAACAAGAAAAAAUAACCUUGCAAAUAUGAAAAAGGUUUUAAUGCUAUCAUUAUUAUAUACCUAACAUUGUUACCUACUUUAUAAUACAUUAUAUAUAAUCUCACGCCUACGAUCCCUAAUGAGGUAGAGUAACAAAUAAUCAGAGGACCACUUUACAAGCUACAACAAUAACUUUAGGCAAAUAUACUUUUUACGAAACCAAAUUUGUUUAUUGUACUUGUAUGAAAAUAAGUGUGACGUCAUCAUCAAUAAGAAGGGCAAAACAGUUACAGAACAAAAAUGAAACAAAACAAAAAUAAAAUUAAAUAAAACUAAAACAAAUAAACAAAACUCAAAAUAAAAUAAAUUAUGUACAAUUAACACUUAGUAACCUUAAUUAAAAAGCCCACCUCGAAUCGUACCUGGUGCAAAUACACCCAUAAUGCUGGCUGCGUUUCCACGUUGAACAGCCAGCGAUAUGCGUUGCACCAGGUCAACAUUUAAUUUCACGUUUAUUUAUUUAAGAAGGGCAGCAUUUUAUAAUUAAUCUUUGGCCCAGUCAAAUAGGUACCCUAUUAUUAAGCAUGUAAGAUCGUAAAAUAUAAACAUAUUUUGUACUUUAUUGUAAUUAUUUAUGAACCUGUAUCUUAACAUAAACUAUAUUUCUGUAGGUAGGUAUAUGGGUAUAACUGUUUAUUAAGUAAGGAGAAACAUAGUAUUUAUGUUAUGUUAAAAAAUA